CGCACGGGAGACGGGGAGGGGAAGCGCUUCACCCCACCCCGGAUGGGAGCUCGCGUCCUGCGGUGGCUCCCCCGGGCGGAGCUUAGCCAAGGCGAGCUCUCCCCGUGAAGCGGGGCUUUCUCCGACCCACCCGCCCCUGCCCGGAGAUGUCCGGGAGGCGCUCGCAGGAGGCACCUGCGGCGGCUGAGGACACCUGGCUCCCCGCCGGCGGGCAGGAGAAAGGGGACUUGCCUUCCGCGCAGGGGCCCCCGAGGAAGAAGAAGCCCAAGUCUGGCUCCUCCAGCCUGCGCUGGGCUUUCAGCUGGCUUCGGGGCAAGAGGAGGAGGAAGAAGAGCAGCGGCUCCAACGCCCACCAUGGGGCGCCCCCCGCGGAGGGGGAGGCGCCCUCUAAGGCAAAGAAGCCGGAGGAGCGAGCCAAGAAGGGCAAAGGCUCUGCCAAGGCUGAGAACAAGAGGCUGAAUGUCCAGUACAAGGCGGGAGAGGAACGGCCCGACAAUGUCUUCUUCCCCAGCAGCCGUCCACCGCACCUGGAAGAACUGCACAACCAGGCUCAGGCAGGGCUCAAAUCUCUGCAGCACCAAGAAAAACAAAAACAGACCAGAAGCGGCUGGGACCACGGAGACAGCAACAGCAUCCAGUCUUCCCACACCUCUGCGGCGGACGAUGAGAUUUCCUUCCGAAGCAGGACCCAGUCAUGCACAACAGAGAAUGCCUCUGAGGACGCCCUCUCCAUCCGCUCAGAGAUGAUCCAGAGGAAAGGUUCCACCUUCCGGCCUCACGACUCCUUCCCUAAAUCCUCGGAGAAGGCAGGGAAGAGAAGGAAGGAGAGGAGGACGACGGUGCUGGGCAUCCCCCAGCAUGUCCAGAAGGAGCUGGGUCUGAGAAACAGUCACGAGCUGAGGAAACGCCCUGGCAGCGUUUCCCCUCAAGAUGGCCCCAUACAGGCUGGGAGCCCCCACAGCCUGGCACCCCCCACCUUCGUGAAUGGCAGCGAGGCAGACGAUGGCACGAUCCACAUCCCCACCAUCAAUGGAAACCUGCAGCCCCCGCCGGCCCCCAAAGGCGGAGCCCGUGUAUCCCUGCAAGCCCUGGAGGAGGCAGAGUCGGAUGCAGCCAUCCAGAGGCACAUCAACUGUGUCUACUAUGACGACACGCUGCUGGGGAGGAGGACGGCAGCCAAGCUGUCUCCCUUGCUGAGGCCGAAGUCACUGGCUGUGCCGGGAAUGACCACCAACCCCAGCCCUCCCCCGGAGCUGUUCGGCCCUGUUAUGUCCAUUUCCCCCCAGGCCACCUACAUGUCCAAGAUCAUUCCCAACGCCGUCCUGCCCCCCAUGGUGGACGUCAUCGCGCUGAGCAGGAGCAGCGUGCAGACGCUGAGCCGCUGCAGCCUGGUUUCCUCCAGCCCGGCCUCAGUCCGCUCCCUUACCCGCUUCUCGGAGCCCAGCGCCCGCAGCCGGGAGCACUCCUCCUCCAGCGACAACUGGAGCCACUCCCAGUCCACGGAGACCAUCGUGUCCGACAGCUCCACCAUCUCCUCACAGGGCGGCUCCAACAGCCGGAAGGGGGAGGCUGGGCCACCCAGCGAGGCGGAUACAGCAGGCCGGUCUGACACGGACCAGCUCAGUGUCUAUAGCGCCGCGAGCUGCACCAACUCCUGUUCCCAGGCCAGGCCUGUCUACACGGCCCACGGCCUGCUGGCGGUGGGGCCAGGGGGCAGCAGUGGCAGGGCCUCACCUGCCUACAGCACCAGCAGCAUGGCGGAUGGCUCGGACACCGUCAGCGUGAGGAGCGACCGCUCUUCCACACGCAGCGUAUCCCUCAGGAAGAUGAAGAAGCCGCCUGCGCCCCCUAGGAGGACCCACUCCCUACACCAAAAGGCGCAGCAGCACCAGCAGGCAGUGGGCGAGGGGGGGCAGAAGGUGCUCGGCCUGCCCCCCAAGCCAGAUCCCAGACCCCAGCGUGAGCCGUGGACACCGCCUCUGGAGAGCCAGAGCCCCCUGGGCGAGGACGAGGUGUUCUCGCCCUGCUCGCUGAGUGAGACCAGCAGCAUCCGCUCCGACAGCCUGGCCUACUCGGCCGACGCCAGCUCCCCCGACGUGUCCCGGUGCAGCCCGGUGCCGGGGGAGAAGCUCCGGAGGGAGGUGGAGGGGGUGGCCGUCAUCCUUAGGGAGCAGCAGGCCACCCCCAGGCAGAGCUCCCCAGAGGGAUUCAAGCGCACCAUGUCACCCUCCAGUGGCUACUCGAGUCAGAGCGGCACCCCCACCCUCCCCACCAAAGGACUUGGCCCUCACGCCUCAUCUCCAGGAAAGAGGAGGCCCCAGCCAAAGAAACCGGAGAGGGUCUGCUCGCUGCAGUCUCCUGCACUGUCCAUCUCCUCCUCACUGACAUCCUUGUCCUCCUCCACCUCUGACCCAGCCCCUGCAGAGACUGUGGCACCCCCAGCUGGCCCAGCCCUUUCCUGGCAGAAUAGAAUGGACAGGUUUAUUAUUCCUCCUCACCCCAAGGUGCUGGCCCCUAUCUCCCCCCCACCCAUCAAGCCUCAGCAGGCAGCACCUUCUGCUAGCCCCACUGUCUCCUCCCCUGCCCCAAGCACGGCCAGCCAGAAACCCUCGGCGCUUCCAAAGCCCAGCAGCAGGUCACCCCCUCCAUCUCCUCCACCUUACCAUCCUCCUCCACCACCCGUGAAGAAGGCUGGGACAAGUCCAGAGGCCCCCCACUCAGAAACUAUCCAGGAGGCGCCUCAGGACCCUUCGUGGCCCCCACCUCCCCCCCCAGCGCUGGAUGAACAGGAUUUGUCCAUGGCGGACUUCCCUCCUCCAGAUGAGGCCGGCUUCUCCACCCUGCCAGAGCUGCUCCCUGUCACCGGAACCGCAGGGGCUUCCUCUGUUGCAGCCCAGCCAGAGCCUGUGGGCUCAGAGCAGCCGGCCAGACCCAAAGCAGCACCCAGAGGGGAUGGUCCAGGGGCAGCCUCACUCGCAAUCUCCACCAAAGUCUCCUCAAGGACUCAGCAGCAACAGGGCCCCUUGGCUGGGUCAGCACUGCCAGCUCCUGCCGUGGAGUUGCCCAUGCCCACCGACAUGUCCCCAUCAGCCAGAGCAACAUCUGACUUGCAGCCUGGCCAGGCCAAUCCUGCAGUGCCUGCAGCCCCACCUCACGCACCUGCGGCUCCAGCCCCGCCCACAUCUCUCCAGCCUCAAGCAAGCCUUAAGAAGACAACGAAUGGCUCCCAGUUGGAUCCUAAGAAGGAGCCUGUCUCUCGCAGUAAGAGCAGCCCCACACCAAAGGAAGAUGCUAACCUCCCCAUUGUCACUCCCUCCCUGCUGCAGAUGGUGCGCCUGCGCUCGGUCAACAUGGAUGGGCAUGCGCCGGCCGGCCCGGGCAAGCAGUCACCUGGCCAGAACGGACAGGGUGCUGAUGGUGUAGGGAAGCAGCCUCAGCAGGUCCCCCAGAAACCCAUCCGCAAGUCCCUGUCCCUGCGGCAGUCCCCUUCUUCCAAAGACACCGUGCCUUUGAACCAGCUGCAAAAUGCUGUACGGCUGAAGACUUCCACCUUGUCCUCCAGAGACGCCCCGACCUCCAGACUGGCGGGCUGGACCAACGGCAACAAGCUGACUCUCCCAGGCCACACAGCCUCUAGCUUGGAGCACACCACUGGGGAUGCCAAGGACGGCCAGGUGUCCCCCAUCCACAAAUCACCUGCCUCCACCGCCAGCUUCAUCUUUGCCAAGAGCUCCAAGAAGCUGGUCAUAGAGACUCCAUCUUCCCCGGAGGCCCAGGCCGACCUGAAGAGGAACUUGGUAGCUGAGCUGAUGAAUUUCGCCGGGCAGCGCUCCACAGUCCCAGCAAUGACCCAGCAAGGCCAGGUGCCCCCUGGCAAGUCACAAGCACAGAGGAAGUCCAGCAAGAUCCCACCACCCAUAGCCAGGAAGCCUUUGCUUGGCAUGGGGCAGCCUCAGUCACCUGUGAGUCCAAAGCCACAGGGGGAGGAAGUGCUGAACUGUUCCCUACCAGACAGUAAAGCAAAGGCUUCCUCGGCAGAAGAGAACAGGACUAAGAGCGAACUGUCUGUGAACGCGGCCCCCCAAGCCGACAGCAGCAGAGCCGGGCACCUGGCAGGCUCAGCGACGCCAUCGCAGAAUCCCCCUGCAUAAGACAAACGGGAAGAGACAGCCUGAAGGAUGAAGCUGCUGUGCUUGUGCCCCGACCUACAGGAAUACAAAUCUCUCUCAGGGACCUGAGCAGGUGAAAGGAUGAGUGUGGAGCUGGCACAACUGACUGAGUAAAAGGAAGCAAACAGCCUUAGCCUCUGAAGGCCUUGAUGAUAUUUAUGCAAGAACUGGUGUUGGUUUCACUUUCUUCAAUAAUACAGCUUUAUUUUGCAUUUAAAAAAAACAAAAAAACAAAACCGCCUAAGCCUUGUCCUGGGAUCCAGCACCUCGCCCUUCACCUGUUGGAUUUGCUGGUUUUGUUUGUGCAGGAGGGAAGGCUGCCGAGAAGCUGCUGCGAGGAAUGUGGGGCGGUGUUUUUAUAAGACCAUGCUGCACCACCUGAAGCAGAGCCUCUUGGCCAGGAUGGGGGGCAGCAUGGGCGGAGAGUUGGCCUGGCUGUGGGCUUGUAUUUCCAUACGCGGAGGAUCAGCUCUAUUUUCUGCACCUGAGGCGGCACAAAAUUAAAGCACUUCUUAAAAAGAAGCUGAAGGCACAUCCCGAAGGCUAUGGACUUGGUAGCUGACGCAUGGCUGGCUGGCCAAGGAGUUCCUCUGCCAGCUUUGCUGCAUGGGAUCGUCCUGAAUGCUACAGACCUGAUGGCUGACACAUGGCUGGCUGGCCAAGGAGUUCCUCUGCUGGCUUUGCUGCAUGGGACCUUCGCUGGUAUUCCAGGACAUGCAGUGUAGUGCUAAAUAUGCCCCCGACUGGCUUUGGAAAGGCACAGCACCAGGCCUGAGGCACAUGGAGGCUGGCAGCAGCUUGGCCUAGGUGCAGUAAAUGCCCGCCCCAGGCUCAAGGACCACUUCAGUGACAAUGUGCAGGGGGGGUGAGUCUGUGCUGAAUCGGCCCUGGCUGAGAGUGGAGGGGAAAUGGGGCUCAGAGCUGUUACAGCAGACAAGCCAGGUAGCCAAGGCCCAGCUCCCUCCUGCCUCAGGCUGCCUGCUGUCCCAUCUCUCCAGGGCUGUUACAGGACAGUGGGCAGGCAAGGCCAGGGUGCCAGAGGGGAAGCACUGCGCGAGCCAGCCUGCCAGGGCUCCCCACCGCUACUGCUCAGGCAGGGGAGACGUUCUCAUUCCCUGGGGCCAGUGGUAGUGCGUAAACACCACAAGGAACUGCCCCGCCAGACAAGCCUCCCUGCAGCUGGGCAAGGGAGCUACCCGAAGGCAGUACUAGGAUCCUAGUGUGUUAUAGGGGGCCCUGCCUGACUCGCUCUACUGGCAGGGCCAUCCCUUGGUGGUGCUGGGCUCUGAGAAUGGGGGGAGGAGCAGGCCAGCAAGGGCUCCUUGGGAAGUCCUUUUUGGGGGCAGGGAGAAGCAGAGCUUAGGAGGAUCCCUCUGCCAGUCCUGAGGGUGCUGAACAAAUCAGGCUCACGCUGCUGAGGCCCAAGCUACAGUGUUAGUGGCUGAGGAGCUGGAAAGGGAUUUAUAGCCACCUGGCUGCCAAGCAAGCGGUUAAUCGGGCAGGCAGCCUGCAGUGCCCCUGUCUCAGGGCCCAGCAAAGCUGCUAUUAGCCACAAAUAGCCCCUGAGGUGAGCGUUCAGCCCCUUUUCCUUUGGGCUGUUUGAAAGCACAAGCCCUAGGCUGCUGCCCUGUGAGUCUAGGGUGCUGGGGAGGAAUCAGUCAUUGCGUGUGCUUAGGUCCUGGCUGGUUGCAGCUCAGGGGACAGGAGGAAGGGCUUCCCCCCACAGUGCCAGCCUUCUGGAUCUCAGGGAGAAGCUGGACUCUGAGGCCAGGCCUUAGGGGCCUCUCCAAACUCCAUAACCUCCACCCUGAGAGAUUCCACUCCCCUCAUGCUCUGUAUUUUCAGAGCUGUGCUCUCAUCGCAGCCAGGCCAUGUGUGUACAUGGACAGCCCUGGGGAGGGAGGAGAGGUGAGCAGCUUUUCAGAUGCCCUGUAGCAGGGAGUGACACUGGAUGCAGCAUUAAAGGAGACCAAAAGCCUGAGUUUUACAUUCAUCCCUGGUCCCUAGAGCCAGGCACCUUGAUUUCUAUUUCUUUAAAUGUGGGGUCAUGCUUUGAUUUCCUUGAUUGUAAAAACCAUCUGCCUUGAGAAGAUGCAGAGUAACCGUUACAAGCUCUGUGUGUCUUUGGUUAAAGAUGAUGAUUGAAACUGGCUGUCUCCUUUGCUUCUUGGCUAACAGCUGGGGGUUUCCCUCGAGGAUGGCUGGAGUGACAACCGUGAGACCCUCUAUUUACACAACUCCCUCCCCCCCAAAGCCUGGAACAGAUGAGUCACCCAGACAGACGCACAAGCAGUUUAGUUUUUCACCCUAACAGGGGAGACGUGCCAGAACCUCACUGGAGUCCACUAGGGCCACAGCUAUUGCUUUGACAUGGAAGGAGCCCAGAUACCACCCUGCAGGGUGGCAGUGUAAAACCCAGAGAUAGAGCAAAGGGAUGUUUAACCUCACCUGAAGCAGGGAUCAACCAGCUGGCAGGAGACAACUGCCUUGCCCCUCCCAGCUGUCCAAGGGGUUUAACCCCCUCACUGCUGAAACCUGUUCACAGAGGGACAAAUUGCCCAAUCCAUGCUCAUCCUGGAGGUGUUGCAGCCAUUCACAUGGCUACCCCUUUCUGCUCUGCUCUGCACUGCACAAGGGACCUUAAGAUCCAACUGUAGUCAUGCUGCUGCUUUCACAGUUCCCCUAUCACCAUGUGAAAGUAGGAGCAGCCUCUACUGCUGAUAAAGGCUCUAGCAUCUCCAUAGGCAACCAAAUCCACUCAGGGCUAAGUAACAGGCGCUAGGUGUGAAAGGUGGUACCUGGUGAGGGGAGCCUGGGGAAAGUCAGUGAAUGCAACAGGACAGAUAUCCACAGCACUCAGAAACCAGCACAGCUGCAACUGGACUAUGGCUCAGCAGAGGGAAAGAAGUGGCUAGAACUCCCCUCCUGCUCCUAGAGGCAGGCCCCUGCCUGCGCCACACCUUUCAGGGGGGAAGGACUCAGAGCUCCUGGGCUGGCACCUUCACCCAGCUCUACACGCAGGAGUGAGGCUGGC